UCAUAAAGCAAACACCUUAAUAACCUCCGACAGUAUGGCGGGAGAUGUAAUCCUGAAAUUGUUAGCAAAUAUAAAUCCAUACACAGACAUGAAAUUCAACUGCCAUGAAAUCCUUUUCAGUGUUGAACAGAAAAAUUCGUCGUCUCACUUUUAGAGAACCCCUCUUCCAGUUCAAGACCUUUACUUCUUUACCAUCGCAAAAUCUUGAAGUUGGCUCAAUCCAAUCGAUUUCAGAAAACCCCUUUUUUCGUCUUUUGAGUCUCUGUAGAACCCUCUCGUCUCUUCAGAAAAUCCAUGCCCUUCUGAUUGUUAAUGGAGAAACCGAUGACCCUUUGUUGAAAACUAAAUUAGUCAGUUCGUAUGGCACAUUCGGGCGCGUUAAGCAUGCCCGUCUGCUGUUCGAUGAAAUUCGAAACCCAGAUAUCGAUUCUUGUAAAGUGAUGAUAAGAUGGUAUUUUAUGAACGAGUUGUAUGAUGAGAUUAUUGGGUUUUAUAAAUUUAUGAGAAGGAGAUUUCUGGUUCUUGAUAAUAUCGUGUUAUCAAUUGUGUUGAAGGCGUGCAGCGAGUUGAGAGAUUUUGUUGAAGGGAGGAAGUUCCAUGGUUACAUAGUUCAGCUGGGGAGCCCGGAUAGCUUUGUCUUGACUGGGCUUGUUGAUAUGUAUGCCAAGUGCGGAGAAAUUGACACUGCUCGCAAGGUUUUUGAAAGGAUUCGGGACAGGAAUGUGGUUUGUUGGACUUCUAUGAUUGUGGGCUAUGUGCAGAAUAAUUGUGCUAAAGAAGCAUUACUUUUGUUCAACCGUAUGAGGGAGUGCCUGGUUGAGGGAAAUACUUACACUUUAGGGAGUGUAGUGACAGCAUGUGCAAGAUUAGGGGCUUUGCACCAGGGCAAGUGGGUGCAUGGAAAUGUGAUCAAGAAUGGGAUUGAGGUGAAUUCCUACUUGUUUACUUCUAUUCUGGACAUGUAUGUCAAAUGCGCUGCUAUUCGGGAUGCUCGAUUGAUUUUUGAUGAGGUUUCAAUUAUUGAUCUUGUUUCAUGGACGGCGAUGAUUGUGGGGUAUGCCCAGAGUGGCUUUGCUGAAGAAGCUCUGCUGUUGUUCACUGACAAGAAUUGGCAAAAUAUUUAUCCCAAUUCAGUUACCUUAGCUAGCGUACUUUCAGCUUGUGCACAGUCGGGCAAUCCCAACUUGGGUUCAUCAGUUCACGGUCUAGCAAUUAAACUAGGUCAAGGUGAUGUUAAUGUGAUGAAUGCUGUAGUCGACAUGUAUGCGAAGUGUUCUAGAAUAGAAGACGCCAUUUAUCUAUUUGAAUCCAUGGUAGACAAGGACGUUGUUUCUUGGAACUCAAUUCUUAGUGGUUAUUCUCGAAAUGGAUAUGCUUAUGAAGCUAUGAGAUUGUUCAGUCGAAUGAGAGCAAAUUGCUUUCGGCCUGAUCCAGUGACCUUAGUGACUCUUCUAUCUGUUUGUGCUUCCCUUGGAGAUAUCCGAUUUGGCUCUUCUCUUCACGCUCAGUCCAUCAGAGGAGGCUUUUUGGCAUCUCAGAACAUCUAUAUUGGCACUGCACUUCUAAAUUUAUAUGCCAAAUGCGGAGAUGCAAAAUCUGCUCGCAGUGUUUUUGAUGAGAUGACUGAGAAGAACAUGGUUACCUGGAGUGCAAUGAUUGGUGGUUAUGGAAGGCAAGGGAACUCAAAUGAGUGCCUUGAACUUUUCAACGACAUGCUAAAGGAGAACGUCGAGCCAACUGAUAUAGUUUUCACAACAAUAUUAUCUGCUUAUAGCCAUACGGGGAUGAUUAGAGAGGGUUGGAGAUUAUUUCAGACAAUGUCUCAGGCAUAUGAAUUUAAUCCCUCCAUGAGGCACUAUGUAUGCAUGGUAGAUUUAUUUGCUCGGUCUGGAAACCUAGAAGAAGCCUUGGAGUUAAUUGAAAAAAUGCCAAUCCAACCUGAUUGUACUGUUUUUGGAGCUUUUCUCCAUGGAUGCAUUACUCACUCCAGAUUUGACCUGGGGGAUAUGGCUGUAAGAAAGAUGCUCGAACUUCAUCCUGAUGAUGCAGGACACUAUAUGCUUUUGUCUAAUUUACAGGCUUCUAAAGGGAGAUGGAGACAGGUUGGUGAACUGAGAGAUUUAAUGAAGAAAAGGGGUCUGAGGAAGCAGCUCGGAUCUAGUCAGGUGGACCUGUACAUUGGUGAGAUCAGUUCUCAGAGGGCACAAUCGUUUGGUUAAUCCUAUGCUUUCUGCAUCCGAAAAUCAACCAUUAUGCAUGGAUCAGCAAUUCCUUCUAACCGGGAACAUUGGCAUUUCUCUGAGUAUAUAGUUUAUGCUCGUACACAGGAGUAAUCCAUGUGAAGCAGCUUGACGGCUGCAUUGCAUUUUUGGUUUGAGGUUCUUUCUAUGAAAUGAAAGAUGAGCGAUACAUAGUUGCUUGGAGUUGAUCUGUCAUACAAGUUGUAGUGUCGACUUAAAGCUUCAAAAAUCAAGCUGCUGGCGAAUUACCAUGAAACAGAUAUCCUGGCUCUGGCUUUAUGCGUAUCGGCCCAGGAGAGCCAAGAAGCGUAGGAACUACCUUUUCUGGGUUUGGAGUGCAUUCGGGGCCGAAGAAGUUGCCUGAAGUGGGUCAAGCAUUGGGGAUGGGGAGACGGUCAAGACGGACAAGAACCUUUGCUCUUAGAAAUUGAGUUUACUUGACUGGGAUAUCUGUUCUGUUUGUAGCAUUUUAACAAUAAUCCUAUGUUUUGAUGGAGGAAUUUUGAUUUGAGGGGAGGAUUUAGAGUAAAGAU